AACUGAGCUGUGCCAUCUUGUUUGUCAUCACGUCGGAUCAAUCAAAGCUUCUGAAACGGGCACUUCGAUUUGACAUCUCAUCCAGUUGAGAGUGGAACAGAACCCCAAGGCCUCUCAAGCACCACCGUCAUGAAACCGAGCAUAGCCGAGGUACAAACGUGACCGGAGGUAGCACAACCCCUCAGAGCGACGACACGACGUUCGAUGGUCGCAAACCACGACAAGACACGGCUCAAUCGCUCGUCAAUAUACUACAAAAGACCGGGAAUUUUGUCCUGGUACUCGAAAAACGAAGCAAACAAAAUGCAAGCGGUUGUCUUCAAGGGUCCGUUGCAGGUCGCCCUGGAGCAGCGACCCCGACCACAAAUCAAAGAAUCAACUGAUGCGAUUUUGAAGGUGCGAUACACUGCAUUAUGUGGAAGUGAACUCCACGUCUUCCGAGGCCACCAACCCUCCGGAACGGGAUUUAUUAUGGGCCACGAAUUCACUGGUGAGGUGGUGGAGGUCGGAGCCGACGUUCGCUCUUUCAAACAAGGUGACCGCGUUGUAUCGCCAUUCACCGUCAGCUGCGGCGAGUGCUUCUACUGUUCCAGUGGGUUUUCCUCGCGUUGUGCACGAGGGCAACUCUAUGGAAGUGCAGGGUUGGACGGCGGACAGGCUGAGUACGUCCGAGUGCCGUUGGCGGAAUCAACCCUUUUCCACGCGCCCGCUGCAAUCGAUGAAAAGAAGCUGGUCCUGAUGGCAGACAUCUUCCCGACCGGUUAUUUUGCCGCAAGCAAUGCAUUCCGUGGACUGGAGCCCCGGACAGUCCAGAAUAGCACCGUAUUGUUGUUUGGAUGUGGGCCCGUCGGCAUCUGUGCCCUGGUCAGCGCCUUGGAGCAUCGUCCCAAGCAUUUGAUUGCGAUCGAUAGCGUUCCAUCGCGACUGCAGCUCGCGCAAAGUUUCGGAGCAGAGUCAUGGAACUUCCAAGAGAAUGAAACUGGUCUUCGCGAAAGAGUCAAGGAACUGACCGACGGUCGCGGAGCCGAUGUCGUUAUCGAGGUCGUGGGCCAUAGUAGCGCGCUCCGGAUGGGAUUCGAGAUGCUUCGUCCGUGGGGUGUGCUUUCCAGUGUCGGUGUCCACAAUGGCGAGAUUCCAUGGACCGGCAAUGAGGCAUAUGGGAAGAACCUGCGCCUGCAAAUGGGACGAUGCCCCGUUCGCAGUAUUUUUGGAGAGGCAAUGGAGUUGUUGGCUAAGAAGCAGGAUGUGCUGAAGUAAGUAUUUGGCAGGAGAUAGCCUGGUACAAGACUGACCCGGAGCAGUUUUAUGUCCGAAGACAUUCGUCCGCUGUCUCAAGCCGUGCAAGCGUAUGAGGAUUUCAACCAAAUGAAAUCCCAGAAAGUGAUCUUCGAGGCCGAUAAGUAGGUUGCUCUCGUCGUUAAUGGAAACUUGUAGCUACUUUUCAUAACUUUGAGGGUAGUCACAUUCAGUUCAUCGAGGAUCUCAAGAACGAGGGUCUUGGAUUAUCCGGCCCUGACUCUAUGCAACUUAACUAAAUCCAUAUGUUCACGGAUAUCAAUUGUCAUCCCUGCGGUAAAGACACAUACAAGAUCUUGUUAAUCAGGGAAUUUGCAGUACGACGAAUCCCUGGUGUGGCCGGUACUUUGUUUUCAAUUAGCUUUCCCUUGUCUGCAGUAGAUCCUGUGGAGCGAUGGCCCAUUUAUAGGGUCAAUCGCCGUGGGGGG